UAAUGAGUGACUAAUUUCAUCAACUAAGUGAUAAAUGGACUAUAUCAGAGAAAUACACAGCCUAAAAUAAAGAUGAUGAUUAUAAAAAGACAAUAGUUGAGAUAUGUUCAAUCAGAAGUGUUGAAGAAUUUGCAUUUAUAAUGAAAUAAACGAUCUAUUAAAAUUUGACAGAUUUAUUCAGCGAACCAUAAAAAUAAAAGCAGUAUCAAUUUUAAAUCAAUCAUAGAUUUAAAAAUUUUAAAAACAAUGCAAUAGAAACAUAAAUUGAAGCAAUCUAAUUUUUUAAAAAUGAUAUAAACCCUUGCUGGGAGGAUCCUGAAAAUGAAAAAGGGGGAGAUAUACAAUUUGAAGUUCCUCUUAGCUCAUUCGAUAUCUACAAUCAACUCUAUAUUGAUAUUAUCUUUGAAAUUAUAGGACAAUAACAGGAAGAGUUAAGGCAUGUAAAAUAUUUUACAAAUUAAGGUAAAUGGAGUUCGGGUGUUGGAUAAAAUAAACGCUGUUAAGGGUAAUGGAAUAAGAAUAGAAUUAUGGUUAGACAUUGAUCCUAUAGAUACAAAUGAGCAGGUCUAAAGUAGUAUAAAAAAAAUAGAUGAUUGGAUACUUAAAUUAGCAGAAUAAUAUGAUAUUAGAUAACUUAAAUUAAAAACAUAAUCGCACAAGAAAAAAUGAU